AUUGUUUGUUGUCGUUCUCCUGGAAUGGAUCUGCUGCAUCUCGGGAUCCCCUCGCUCACCACCGUGACCGUCGUAGGGUUGAUCAUCUCUCUCGCACUCACCUUGCUCUACCACGCUGCCAAACCAAAGCCCAUCCCAGGCAUCCCACACAAUGUUGCGUCCGCUGGUAACCUUCUGGGCGACGUGCCCGCCAUCACAUCGCACAUCCGCGCGACCGAGGGCACCUUCAUCACCUACAUCAUCGAUCUGAUGCAAUCGCUCAACACACCCAUCAUCCAGGUCUUCAUCCGACCCUUCAGCAAGCCUCUGGUCGUCAUGGGCGACUUCCACGAAGCGCACGACGUGCUGAUCCACCGGUCCAAGGACUUUGACCGGUCCGACUCGCUGGGCGACCUGGUCAAGGGGCUCGCGCCGGACCACCACAUCCACCUCAAGACGGGCGACGCCUGGAAGCGCCAGCGCCGCCUGGUCCAGGAUCUCAUGACGCCAACCUUCCUGCACAAGGUGGCCGGCCCGGCGCUGCAUGCCAAUGUCGCCCGCAUGGUCAAUCUCUGGCGCGAGAAGGCCCUUAUCGCCGACGGCCGCCCCUGGCAUGCCGCCGACGACAUCAACCAUGUGGCUCUGGACGCCGUGACGGCCUUCGCCUUUGGCGAGGGCUUUGACCACAGCGCGACCCGACCGGCGCUUGAGACGCUGCGGGCGCUGGAUGCAGAGGGCAUCGCGGCCGUGCGGCGGGGUGGUGAUAAGGAUGCGCCAAUCGAGUUUCCGCCGGGAAAAGGGGGCGAGUUGCUGGAGGCAAUCCUGGAGCUGACUGAGACGGUGGGCGAGGUGCAGGGCAACCCGUGGCCCGCGCUGACGUGGGCGUGGGUGAUGCGGCGGCCCCGGAUCAAGAGGGCGGUGCGGGUUAAGGAGGCCUACAUCAUGAAGGAGCUGACAAGUGCGGUACGGCGCUUGACAGGGGCGGAUGGCCAGGGGCAGGCGGUGCGCUCGGCGGUGGAUCAUAUGGUCGUCAGCGAGACGAAGCUGGCGCAAAAGGACGGGCGCGCACCGGACUAUUUCUCCCGCGUCAUGAUUGAUGAAAUUUUCGGUUUCGUCUUCGCCGGCCACGAAACUACCAGCACCACGCUGUGCUGGGGGCUCAAGUUCCUAUCCGACAACCCCCAAGCCCAAUCCAAGCUGCGCGACGCCCUCCAAACCACCUUCGCAGCCGCGCACGCCGAGGGCCGCGACCCGGCCGUGCACGAGAUCACGGGGUCGCACAUCCCCUACCUCGACGCCACCAUGGAGGAGAUCCUGCGAUGCGCGGGCACCGCCCCCGUUGUCGACCGCCAGGCCGUCUACGACACGGAACUGUUGGGAUACAAGAUCUCAAAGGGAACGAUGCUGACCUGCCUCGUGACGGGUCCAACCAUGAUGAGCCCUGGGUUCGAGAUCCCAGACGCGCAGCGCAGCGCGACGAGCCGCGCGGCCAAGGGGGAGGGCCGCGUCCGGGCGUGGGACCCCCAGGACAUGGCACUGUUCAACCCGGACCGCUGGAUUGUCCGCACGGGCAAGGACAACAUUAAGGAUGGCCAGGAAGUUGAAGAGUUUGACCCCACGGCGGGCCCGCAGCUGGCUUUUGGGCUGGGCACGCGAGGAUGCUACGGCAAGAGGCUUGUCUAUGUCGAGAUGCGCAUGGUGCUCGUUUUGGUGGUGUGGAACUUUGAGCUGUUGGCGUGUCCGCCGGGACUUUCGGGCUAUAAGUCCGCGCUCAUCACGACCAAUGAACCCAGACAGUGUUUUGUGCGGCUGCGCGAGGUGGGAAGGGCCGCCUGUAAAGCAAGAUAG